UCAAAUGAUGUCAUAUAAAAUAAACGAAUAAUAAUUUCUUCUCAUACCCCAAAAAAUCAUUAAUCCAUUGAAUACAUGAGGAAAACAGUCUCUCUUAUCCACUCAAAAUUAGGAUUGUUUGGCCUGCAGCCUCUCCCCUUGAGAGAUGAAUCUUGCUCCAAUCUCAUUCAAUGUCUCAUCUUCUACAGUUGCAAGUUUUCAGAUAGCUUCUUCACAUUCACAGUCCUUGCCGUUGAGGAGGAGUAUUACUCCUUCAGCAAUUGGGUCCAGAAAAGUUAUUCCAGCGCGAGACCGAGUCAUAGAUUUUGGAAAAUACAAAGGUAAAAUGCUGGGAACACUCCCAUCUAAGUACCUCAAAUGGGUGACAAAGAAUCUCCGAGCUCGAGAUUUUGAAGAAUGGGCUCAGCUAGCAGAUCAAGUCCUCUCUGACCCUAUCUAUAAGGACCGAAUUGAAUGGGAGUUUGCCCAAAAUCUCCUCAACGGCGACGUUUCACCGGCACGGACGCAGAGUGCCGUUUCCGAGUUGCUGGAAAUCAGCACCAGAUUCCGUUGGGACAAUGAGGAUAAGUUGGGUUGGAGCAAAAUUGAUUUUGAGUUACUUGGGACCUCUAAAGGUGGUCGAAUACCAAGGCUUUCUGAUUCCCCCAAUAAUUCAAUUAGGGUUGAAGAUAAAAAAAAGGGUACAAAUGGAGUUGAUGGAGAAAAAGACAAUAGGGAGAGAGGACGGGAAAGGAUAAAGUUACAGAGGAGACAGAAUGAAUCUGGCCAACGUUCAACUAGUGUUACACAGAGAAUAGCGAAUUCUGAUCAUUUCAAUCCACUCAAAUCAGACCCAAUCCGCUCAUUUGACGCCUCUAAUAGCGGCAGAACGGAAACUCCAAGUCGUUUUCCGGGUCGUGAAUCCCUGUUGAAGAAAGCAUUGUCUCUUGGUACCAGAAAAAAUACCUCAAAUUAAUGAAUUUGUGAAACUUGGAGGUAGAAACACAUUUUCAUUUAGUGUAAUGAGAUAUGUUUAACCUUAACCAAAAUAAUCAACAUUUGUUUCUUUAUGUAACGAUACCAGUUAAUGAUCAAGUGUGUUAUACGUCUAUCUUGUGUCAAUCAAUAUAAAUACAAUAUUGAAGACCAACAAAAAUUGUUUGAAUUAAUGUAACAUGUGUCUUCUUUGGUUAA